AUAUAUACAAAGUUUUGGAUUUUCAAUAUAUAUUCGUCUUGACAAAAAAACUCCUAAUAUAUAGCAAACUAAAAAAAAAUCCCUAAAUUCAGAGUUAAUUAAUGGCGACGAUGAUGACUAAAUGCAUGCUAAUUUUACCAAUUUUCCUUUGUAUAAUUGCGCCUUUGAUUCGAGCCACCGAUGUUCGUUAUUGCGAUAAAAAGGCAGAUUAUGAUGUAACGGUGAACGGAGUAGAGAUAUCGCCGGACCCCGUGGCCAGAGGGCACCCGGCCACCUUUAGUAUUUCUGCAACUUCAGGUGAAUCAAUAUCUGGGGGCAAACUGGUAAUUGAUGUGUCGUACUUUGGAUGGCAUAUUCAUAGUGAGACUCAUGAUCUUUGUGAUGAGACCUCAUGCCCUGUGUCUGAUGGCAAUUUUGUAGUGUCUCACUCUCAGGUUUUGCCUGGAUUUACGCCUCCGGGUUCGUACUCUCUCACAAUGAAGAUGUAUGAUGCUAAGAAGAAGGAGCUAACUUGCAUUGCAUUCGACUUUAACAUUGGAUUCGCGUCAUCCAUUGCAGAUAGCUAAGUGCCUCAUGAACUGCUUUUCAACCGCAUGUACAAAGAAAUUUGUAUAUCAUAUAUUUUUUAGCUAAUUGGAUUUAUUUAUACUUUAAAGAUUUUCUGAAAUGAGGAAAAAUCUUAUUGUUACUGAAGUGAGUAUCUAUUGCUGUUCAUUC